AUGAAACCGGACGAAAAGCAUGAGCUGGCCAACAACCUAUAUCUCAUCAACCAGCCAGAAGCGCUAAAGUAUCUGGACCAGAUGGAAAAGACGGUUGAACGAGAGCUUCGAUCGGCAAAUGCCUCGCGGGAUGGGUUGCCGCCUGGCAAACAGCUGUUCGCCGGCAUUCUCAAUCACACCAAUGCUCGAAUCAAGAGAGAUCCGACAUCGACGCCCCUGUUCAGCUGCAUGCCGCAAGUGGUGAUGGCAACGUCACGCCUUUCGCAAGAAGAGGUGACUAACUACAUGAAAUUGGUCAACGCCAAUACCGUCCAGAUAAUGGAACUGGCCACUACCUGUUACCCGCUCCUAAUGCCGAAACUAAAAUCUCAAGCGGAGCGGUUCGAGGCUUUGGAAAAACGCAUGGCGGACACGGUGGCUUCAGUCGCAGAAAUCGUGCAGAAGGGCAUGAACGACUUCCAAGACAUGGAGAACCUCAUGAUCCAGCAGACAUCCGACUUGCUUUGGAACCGGGCACUGAAAAGCCGGUCAAACUUGGCGGUACCGAGGCGA